UAUUAAUAGUAAAAAUAUUUGUAAAGUAUAAUAGAUAAUCAUUAUCAAGUAAAAAAAUAGUAUUAAUUUUUACCAUAAUAAAAAAUUAAAUAGUUACCGGCAAUAUUUUGAACGAAUUGUUCGGAUAACAUUUACGCGAUACGCGGAAAAUAGACCUAAGCGAUUCUAUCAUUUAAAUAUAUAUUCCAUAUUCAACACAAAGGCUAUUUCUAUCAGUUAUUACCUCAUUUAUAAUCAGUGUACAAUUACUACGCCUAUAGAUAAUAUUAUAUAGAAAAAAAUGGAUACAAUAUCAACAGAUUCAAAACAGAUUAUUAUAAAAUAUCGUAAUAAUAAUUAUGAUAUAACCGAAUUUAUACAUAAGCAUCCAGGUGGUAUUAAUACACUUAAAGGAAUAACAGCAAAUACAGAUAUAACUAAGAGAUUUUUAAAUGCACCACCACAUUCUGAUGCUGCCAUGUACCUUAUGAACGAAUAUAAAAUUAAUAUGGAAAAUAAAAUGAAAAAUGGUUAUAAAAAUGGAACUAAAAAUUGUAUAAAAGAAAAUAAUAUGAGCAUAAAUGAUAUACCAAAUAAUAUAAGUAAUGGUCAUGUACAUAAUAAUAAUCACAAUAAUGAUAUAAUAUUAGAUGAAAGUAUGGAGCACCUAGUUGAUUGGUCAAAGCCUAUGUUGAGACAAAUAGUUAAUAUAGCGGAAUGUUAUGAUGAAUGGGUUCACAAACCAGUUGAUAGACCAUUACGACUUUUUGGGCCAUGGUAUUUAGAAAUGUUGACCAAAACUCCUUGGUGGCUGGUUCCAUCAUUUUGGGUUCCAAGUAUUAUAUAUAUUCUUUAUUCAGAAAUUUCAACUAAACGGAACACUUCGUUAAAUAACAGCACAGUUUUAUUUUAUUGUAUAACAGGUGUAUUUCUAUGGACUUUAAUUGAAUAUGUUUUACAUCGCUGGGUCUUCCAUAUAAAGGUUUCACCAGGAAAUAAAAAAUUAUGUAUAUUUCACUUUUUAUUACAUGGAUUACACCAUAAGGUUCCAUUCGAUCCAUAUCGUUUAGUUUUUCCGCCCAUUCCUGCUGUCAUUUUGGCAUCAAUUUUGUAUCUUCCAGUUAUUGCAAUAUUUCCAUUUCCAAGAAUAGUGUUAAGUGGAGGCUUAUUUGGAUAUUUAUGUUAUGAUAUGAUGCAUUAUUACUUGCAUUACGGUAAUCCAAAAUUUUUUCACAUGUAUCAGAUGAAGAGAUACCAUUAUCAGCAUCAUUUUGCACAUCAAGAUAUUGGGUUUGGUAUUACAAGUCCAAUAUGGGAUAUUGUUUUUAGAACUAGAAUAUACUUAAGGCGAUUAAAAUUUAUGAUAAAAUGGUGA